AAAAGGAAGUUGUUACUGUAUAGUUUAUGAAAAAGGAUAUUUUUAUACACGUGGAAACAUUAUUUGUGAAAUGAUUUAAUUGUGAUCGAAAUUCUUUGGAAUUGGAUUGAUACAUAUAAUGGUACCGACAAUGGCGCCAAAUGAUGGAAUAACAAGUCCUAAGGAUGAGAGCAAGUUGUUGAUGCACAGUUGUGUUGAUGACAAGAGUGUAACAACGACAACUAUACCAAUCAUGGAAGACCAUCACCACUCCACCCGGCGCCAUUACUGGGUCGUUGCUAGCGUCGUAUUGAUGUACUGGUCCAUUUCCAUCUCGAUGGUAUUCCUGAAUAAGUUCAUUCUCAGUGGUUCAUUUGGGGAAGAGGAUCUUACCAUAUUCGCUGCCUGGUUUCAGAGUAUCGCUGCGGUUGGGUUUAUUUGGGGCGUCAGUCUUGGUGGGCGAAAGUGUAAAAUCAAGAUACCAAAAAUUGAACCCAACCAGCUGUAUUCACAAACUAUGAUAAUGUUGUCAAUGGCUUCAGUUUGUUGCUUGACAUUCAACAAUUUAAUGCUUAAACAUAUAGGUGUUGCAUUUUACCAAGUGGCACGGUCGUUCACAAUUAUAUUUACAAUCAUUUUUUCUGCCGUAUUUUUAAAGAAAGGAUUAACAACACGUGCGGUGUGUUCCUGUUUGUUAGUUGUGGCUGGAUUCUUUAUCGGAAUCGACCAAGAAGAUGUGUCAGGUACGCUAAGUGUUAAAGGCGUUAUAUACGGUCUCAUGUCGAGCCUCUCGGCAGCUGUGUCAGGAAUUCUAUUUAAGAAAGCUGAGAGUUUGUUAGAACGAGACUCCUUAAAGUUAGCAUAUUACAAUAACAUGAACUGUGUGCUACUGUUUUUGCCACUUGUUCUGGGUUCGGGACAGUUUGUGUCUGUGUUUCGGUCGGAAUUCAUCUACCAGAUAAACUUUUGGCUCAUACUUUGCUUCACCGGCGUCCUUAGUCUCUGUAUAGGUUGGGUGAGCGCGCUGCAGAUCAAGCAUACAUCACCUAUUGCGCAUCAUCUUAGCAUCAAUGCGAAGUCCGUCUGUCAGACUGUUCUCGCCGUGCUGUUCUACCAGGAGACAAAAACUAUGUACUGGUGGCUGGGGAACUUCCUAGUAGUAGCCGGAGUACUGUUUUACACGUUGUCAAGAAUUUUGGAAGAUUCAAAAAGAUCUAAGGACGUGACCAUAAAUGGACAAUUGCCGAUUACGAACUCAAAACCACACGCUAAUGGGCAUACAAAGGAUUAGCUGUUUCUUACUUUUUUAUGUAUAUUUAUAUCUGGUUAUUUGUUAUUAUUGUUGCGAUUUUUUUUAACAGAGUAAAUACUCCUUGACAAAAUAGUCAGUUUUAUAUAAAAGUUAACGUUUCUAUACUUCCUCUUGUUUUUUUUUGUAUAUAUAUGGAAAUUGUUCAUAGUAUUGGAAAAAAACAUAUGGUCAGAACAAACUGUUCAAAUGGCUUUAUAUCACUAUAAUAAUAAAACGACUUUUGUAUGUUUCUUUGUAAAAUAUCAAGAAUUAACAUGAAGCUAAAUAUUAAAAUAGGGAUUAAUUCCACAAUUUGUAAUUAACAAAUUUGUUUAAAAAAAAAGGCAAAUCAAUGAAAUCCAAAAUUCAUGAGAGAUUUAUUUGUUUCUUGCUUUUACAUAUUUUCAUGUUUAACAGAUAUAAAUGUAAUAGUUAAAUGGCUAGAUAUUGAAACUAUUCAUGAGCUCUCUGGCUAGAGUGUAUCAUUUUAAUUACGAGGUUAGAAGGGUACGUAACUUAUUUGUACUAUUAUUAGCUUAACAGUUCUAUUACAAUUGUGCAGAUAAAUAACAAAGCUGUUCACUUAUAUACACACUUGCUAUUGAACUUUGUCCUUGACAACAUUAUACAAAACAGUCACAUUACGUUUAGGAUUAAUAUUAAAUUAAAAAAAAAAUCAGUGAAGUUUUUUUUUAAUCUAUGUUUUGGGUUUUAGGACCCAUAGAAAAAAUGUUAUAGCCAUCUGCCUAUUGGCCAACAUGUUUGUUGACAGUGAUGAAAUUUUUGUUUUUCAUGAAAAUGGCGAUGGUUAUUUUAAACCAUGCAAUACUUUAUACAAAGCAAAAUAUUUUUUUAAUUUAGCAUAAUUCAUUUUAGCAAGUUGUGUGUGUAGUUACUAUUGCAUAUUUUAAAACUAUGUCCAUGUGCAUUUUUUUUUGUGAUGAGGGAUAUCAUGUCACUAGUAAAACUAGUCUUUGGUUUAACAGUUAUGAAUACUAUAAUUAUUAGGGUUGUUCUGCAUUAUUUUAAUUACAUGUGUACAUUGCAUCAAAUAACCAGUAAAUCCCUCUAACAAUUUUUCAAGUCUUCCAGUUUUUUUUCAGAGUUUAAGUUCAAGAGUUAAAGUGUAGUGCUAGUUAUCCAUUAACAUCAUCAUUGUGUAUACAAAUAUCUGGUACUGAAACUCUAUGCAUCAUAAGAUAUUUUCCGGGAAUGAAAUGGAUAAUGAAUAAAAAUGUCAAGAAGCAUUGACAAUAUUCGUGUCUACUGACAAUCACACGUGUGUAUCAUGGCCCGUAAUUCGGGCUUUAAAGGGACUAUACACCAGAUGAUACAAUUGCAAGGUAAAAAAGAAAAACAUUCAAACACUUACAUAAAAUUGAUAUUGUUGUGCACAAUGCAUUCAAUCUUACAUACCGAUCAAUCACAUAGCUUAUGACACAUGUAUCUUCUCAUAUUUUUUUACAUAUUUUUCCAAUUCCAAGAGACAACGACAAAAUAUUCUUUUAAACAUGUAAAAUAAUGUAUUAUCCACCUCAUACUUGCUGAUUUUGACAAUUCUAGGCUUGUCUUGUGGAAAUAAUAUCUGCCAAUUUAAGGGCCAACUGGUGUCUUGCCUGUUUAAAAAUAUGCUUUGUUAGGCCCCUUUUACAAUUUUAAUUAACCGAAAUGGAUGAAUAAAUAUCGAAAACAGUGGUCAACAAUAGUUGAUCACCGUAAAUCUUUUAGGACUCACCAGUCAUUUAAUAUUUGUGCGUUUUCAGCUAUUAAACAGACAGCUACAAUUAUGUUAUCAGUAAUUGAUAUUUUCCAUCAAUACAUUAUUUAGUUAUUAAAGUAGUUGAGGGUUUAUCACUCAAAAUUUAUGUUUGUUAUACAUUUGUAUGUAUUGAUUUUGAACAUGAGUGUCACUUUAAGGAAGUGUCAGAAAGUUUUAUCAUAAGUGAAUUUUUGUUGAAUUGAAAAAUAUAUUUUGUGGUAGUCUGCUUUCACACUUUUUCUUUUUCAAGACUGUAAUGAACAAAUGCUUUAAAUGUUAGCUUAAAAUCAAAUACACGAUUUCUGGCAGCAUUCAGUGCAAAAAGUUGUUAUUUUUCUGUUUCAUGAAUGUUGAAACUUCUUCGAAUAUUAGUUACGUUUGUAUGCCAAAUCUUGCUGAACAUUUGCUUAUUUCUGAUAUUAUACCUUGUGCAUAAAUUUGAUAAAAAUGUGUUAAUAUUUUAAAGUUCACUAUUAUUCUCAUUUGUCAAACACUUAUUUAAUAUUUCAUGUAUAUUUCAAAAGAAAACUGUAUACAGCUGUUUGAUAGACUGGCAAUUAUGUAACGGCUACUGUAUGUGGGGUGAGCGCCCCUCCCUGCCUCAAUAAUUACGUAAUUUUGGAGAAUAAAAUCCACAAAAUACACCACUUCAGACUGAUAAUAGCAACAACAAAGUGUCAUCAUUUAAACUAAAUAUUUCAGUUCCUGGGAAGGGCACCUGUCCAAAGUUAUACCCCAAGUAAAAAUGGGCCAUAUGUCAAAUCUUGGAUCAUAAUUUCAUCAAACUUGAAAUUUGAAAAAUAAAAUUACUUUUUUUCACAUAAAUAGCAUCUAAAGUGACUAUAUAGUAGUAUAGAUACAUUUGUACAAUAUUGGUAAAGGUGUCUUGAAUUUGAGCCUCACAUGGCCACUGUUCUCUUGGCUCUCAGAAGGACUCCAGUACAGAUCCAAAACUAUCAGGUUAUGACUUUUUUGACAAUCAAGUUGAUAUCAAUCAAUAACUAGGCAUUACAACACCAAAAAACAAUGAAUAUAAAAAAGAGAACACUGAAUGAUUCACUUGUUAUAUGACUAUUAAGUGUGAAUGAGUUACUGCACUUUGAAAUCAAAUGCAAGUGGUUUGAACACAAAUGCCCUGAUUGCAUGAUAUAUGAAUCUAAUCCACACUCUCAUGUCUUCAACAUUUGUUAUUAUUGAAUAUUUGGAUUCAACAUCAUUUUCAAGUCCUUGAGACACAGGGAGGUUAAGGUUUUCACGAGCUGUUCACAAUUCACCCCUUACAGUAACAAGUAACAAUGCAUGUAUAGGAUUUCCCUAGCUCAUCGUCAUCAAAUAAAAUCAUUAUUCUGAAUUAAAGAUAUAUUAUCUUUCACUAAGCUCAAUGAGUGAGUGCAAGUCCUACAUGGUGAAAUGUUAUGGUAAGGUUAAAAGAGGCUCUUUUCUAUUCUGAUCCGACGCCUAAUGAAUUCUUCAAUUACUCAAAUGCAAAUGGGUUUUACACAUGCCAAUUUCUUGCACGAAAAUAUGCAUGCAAUUUGAGAUGAUUUUUCAAGCUAAUAUCAACAAUAAGUGUAUGUAAAUAUAGUUCUAAAGCUUGUCUACUAUUUUUUGAUAUUUUGAUCUGAUGUCAUAUUUGUUUUUUUUUAAAUAUUGCAAGCUUAAGUAUUUAUCUUACUGUAAGUAGCAUUAAAUAACGUUAUUACAGGUGUCAGAGAAAUGAGUUUUUAAGACCUUCGCUGUGAAAGAUUUUAUUCACACAAUGGUAUCAUUCAAUAUGUUAAUAUUCCACUUCGUUGCGGGUUGAAAUUUGCACAAGCCCACAAGCCCUGCACUGGUAAAACGCUUUCCUGGCUUGCUCAAACUCUAGGUUUUAUACAGCAGGGCUUGUUAAAAAAUGUAAUGCCAAGCACUAGUGUUAAUUAAGAAUUCAGGCUUGUUUAUCCAAAAGACUCAUUUCGAAGCCUGCUAUUGGUUCAUUUUUAUCAUAAAUUUGCUGGUUGGAAAUGCUUAAAUUUCUAGACAUUGGCUUUUAUCUAGGACUAAGAUCAAAAAAGAAAUUGUUGAUAGAAAUUGUUAAGUUACUAGUUGGUGCCAUUAUAAUUUAUAUAGUUUGUUGUGUUAUGAUUCUUCUGUUAAAUUAGCCAAAAUUAUGAGGGGUUUUUUCAUGUUAACUAUUUAUAUUGUUUUUUAAAUGCAAAGCUUAUGUUAAGCCUUUGUUAAAUUUGGGCUGAUUUUUCAGAACUUUAUAAAAGUUAACAACAUUGUUAAUGUCAUUUUUGUUAACUUUAACAUCUUUGCUACUCUGGAAAUUUCAUGGACACACUUAAAAUGUGACCUGCAGAAUUUGUAGCAAAUAUUUCAACUGUGCAUGUUUUAUUCAAAUAUAAAUAAUGAGCAAAUCACAAACUAUUUCACCUUUUCAAAUAAACAACGAAAAUAAACAACGAUGCUAUUAACAAAGUUCUGAAAAAUCCGCCCAAUACUAUUUUACAACAAAUGAACUGCGAUGGAUUUUGGCGUCAUAUCUUAUAUUUUGAAAGGAAAGAAAUGGAAAGUUAAUUUGAACUUUAAAACACAUAAAAGUUUAGGGAGCUUCCGACACAAGAAACAGCGACUUCAUUUUACUUGUUUAUUAAACAUAUAGACUGUAACACAUAGUUCUGCAUGUUGCGGUUCAAAUAUUUUUCUUUUACUUUUGACAAUAUUUACAUUCAUUUGCUUCUUCGUUACGGCACACUGUAUUUCACAUGUGUCUUAUAAGUUUAUUUGUAAAAGUUCAUAUUAUUUUUGUUACAAUCGUGCAUCUUGUUAAAUGUUGCAAAUAGCUAGAGUACUAAUAUUUUAUUUAUGCAUAAUUAUUUGAUUAACGAUAAUGCUUUGUUAACAAAAUACUUGCAGAUUUUAUACUCCAGUGUGAAGUACAUGUAUUGCAAAAUGACGUUAUUAGAAUGUAUUUACCAAAGUAAAGGAUCAAAUGUGACACAAGUCGCCUAACCAUUAAUUCUGGUAAAUGCAUUAUAUUAACCCUUUACCUGGCUUAGUGGUCAAGAUUAUAUUUUCCCUAUUUGCUUAUCUUCUAUUUAAAUCUACCAAUUCACCAGAUGAAAAUCAGUAACAACUGACUGCUGAUUUACAAAAAUAUAAGAAAGAAGCCCACCCCUUUAGACAAAAUAUAAUUUCGACCACUUACCCAACAAAAAAAAGAAUGAUGUUUGGCGUUAAAAGAGGCUAGCUGGAUCUUGCAGAAUGAUUCCUUGGGAUAUGAUGACAAAUCUGUCUGAUCUCACUUGAACCUUCAAAACGGUCAGUUAAGAAAUUAUUUUUAUAAUUAAGAGAAAGUAACAGCUGAUUGACUGGAUGGAUUGUUGUGACUUCCAGUAUCAAAUACUUUAUAAGUAUUUGCCGACUCUGCUAUCAAAAGCCGUAACAGUGCUUGUUUUUUGUUUUAUUUUAUGAGUUAAUAUAUUUUGCAUGAUAUUGCAUCCAUCAAACUUAGCAGGGCUCAUAAAAAAAAACAAGGAAAAAAAAUAACUGUACAAGUCUCACUGGAUUGGUCAAAUUCGGUUGGUCAUUGUUAACAUGAAUCAGUGCUGUUCAAGUUAUGGAAUCAUGCGGCCAGAAUUUAUUCUUGGCUAUAUGAAGCAAGUUCCAGUUUGCUCUUCAAAGUAAAAUGUGUUUCAUGUUUGAAUUUGUUUUUCUUUCCAGAAUGUCUUUCAUUAUGCAUCGAUCACAAAUUUUUCAUAUUCAGUCGAAACCCAUUUGCUCGAACUCGCUGGGCUCAAUUACCUCGUUGGCUUAAACUAGAUGUAUAGGACCAAAUUUUUUCCACUGAAUGUAACAAAUCCCGCUUGGCACGAAUAUCACCGAGGCUCGCGGUAUUUUCACCAGCCCCUCAAAGUUCAAGCCUAAAGGUUUCGACUACAGUUAUCUAGUUCAGCCAAGUUGAUGGCAUUGUCUUACAAUUAUAAGCAUUUUUGUCAUGUCAAUUUUAAACAAAUAUGAUUGUCAUAAUGUUACCAUGACAAUGUUAUUGUUUAUGAAUGAUAGCUGCUCAAAAAUCAACAAAUAUCAUUCUUCUAGUUAUUAUGAUAAAACAAUAAUAUUUGUGACAACUAUGGCACAGCCUGAUGUUUGUAGUAAUCUUGUCGACAUUGCCAUUAAAUAUGCAAUUAUCA